AUCCCUAAUUCAUCAGCAAAUAAAAGCAAACGCAAUAUCAGCUGAGAGCAAAACUAAAAUUAAUUUGCACGAUUUAAUUAGCAAAGUGUAAGUUCGUCAAACGAAAAAUCGUUUGGUGUUAAAACUGUUCAGCAACAUAGAAAAGAUAAGUGGGGAAUACAGAAACAAAGAAAAAAACUUUAUCUCCGAAGGGAAGAAAAAAGGCUGACUGAAGAAAAUUGGAAUUAUUGGCAUAUUUUCUUCCAGAGCAAUACGCAGUUAGUCCAACUGAAAUUUCUGCUAGUUUUCCUGUCUCCAACAUGCAAAACGCAGACCUAGAGGCAUUGAAUGCCGUAGAGAAAGAGUUAGAUCGUGUAAUAUCUAAAUUUCAAGAUAUACGUGAAAAUGCUACCGCAGAAAUUGCGGAUGUAGCUACGUUAUUGGAAGAGUUGUUAAAGGUGCUCAACGAGGCUGAGCAGGAGAUGACUGGCACAAUAAAUACCAGUACACAAGUGGAUGCGCCUUCCGAUGUAGAUGAUCCAAUGGCUGAUGAAGCCGAAAUGCAGGUCGAAAUGGAACCGGCAAAACCACGACUCAACGAGUGCCAAGUGAAGCACGUAUUGGACACAUUGCACAAGGCCAACGAAAAAUUGCAACGGCUUUCGGCGGAACAUCGUGAUUUGCACGGAUCAGUGUCAAAAGUGGGCAAAGCAAUCGAUCGCAAUUUUGUUUCCGAUUUCACGGCUACAACGCGCGUCGAUGCACUGCAAGAUGAAGACAACUUGAUGUUGCUAAACAAAGUAAUGGCAAAGCAUUAUUGUCGCCAGGGUAUGGACGACGUUGCACGUCUACUAAUUAAGGAGUCUGGCAUGCCCGAAGAAAUGGCGCAAGAAGUUUUCGACUCAGAAAGCAGCUUCGCUGAAAUCUAUCGCAUUUGGAAGGGUAUACAGCAGCAAGAAUUGGGACCAGCACUAGAGUGGGCAACACGCUAUUCCAACGAAUUGAUUGCUAAGAAUUCGACUCUUGAAUUCAAACUACAUCGCUUAGCAUUUUUGCAAAUCAUGUCGCGUGGUAUAGGCGCACAAGCGGAGGCGAUCGCUUACGCCCGCAAAAAUUUUAACAAGUUUAUCGAUCGCUUCGAACAUGAAAUACCAAAUUUAAUGGGAUGCUUCAUUUAUUUGCCCAUGGGCAUAGAUAAGUCGCCGUAUAAGCAUUUGAUCUCGCCACAAGUGUGGAUGGAGGCAUCAUAUGUAUUUAUGAAAGACGCCUGCCAUACAUUGGGUAUCAGCAAAAAUUCAGCAUUAUCUGUAGUUAUUAACGCUGGAUGCACAGCUCUGCCAGCAUUGCUCAAUAUUAAGCAGGUUAUGCAGUCACGUCAGGUGUUAAGCAUUUGGAAUGCGCGUGAUGAGUUGCCAAUAGAGAUUGAUCUUGAUCCUGAGUAUCGUUAUCACUCGAUUUUCGCUUGUCCCAUUUUGCGCCAGCAGACCACGGAGGAUAAUCCGCCAAAGCGAUUGACAUGCGGACAUGUUAUCUCCAAUGAUGCAUUGCAUAAGUUGAGUAAUGGUCAUAUACUCAAAUGUCCUUACUGUCCCGUCGAACAGAACGCCGAUGAUGCUGUGCGAAUCUAUUUUUAAACAGCCAAGCUCAUACACAAAUUUAUAUCUUUCUACACAUCAUAACGAAAUUUUUCUGCUCUUUUCAAUGGAUAAUAUUUUAAUUAAAAAUCAUUAAAUUUACGAAAUGUAAUGAAUAAGAAACAUAAGAAAUAACUGCAAUUGCAGUUUUAAUUCAAUCGAUAAUUCGCAACAAAUCGACUGAAAUAUUAUUAUUUAAGUUGAUGUAAUUAACGUAUUUAGUACAGUUCUGUACUUUUUUUGAGUUGAAAAUAUAUUACUUUUAGUUU